CAUCACUAGUUUCUACAUUGUCCGUUUUCACUGAAUGCCAGUGUCCGUAGUGAAUAAUAUUCGUGAAAAUAAUGAUUGUCAGCUACAAAUAUAAAAAAUAAAAAUACUUGUCAAUACGUGCAAACUGCAUUUGUCGUGUUCUGUUUAUUGCAAAUAUAUUUGAAUUCUUCACAAUGCAAAUAUACAUUAAUCGUUUUUCUCUUUAAGUGACAUUAAAUAUAAUUUUAGUUGUGAAACAAUCGUUGUACAUUGCAUAUACAUAAACGAGUGUUGUAAACAUGCGAGAGUUUAAAGUUGUUGUGCUCGGAUCUGGCGGAGUUGGUAAAUCGGCCCUAACUGUUCAAUUCGUUUCGGGAUGUUUUAUUGAAAAAUAUGAUCCCACAAUUGAGGACUUCUAUCGAAAGGAAAUAGAGGUGGAUAGCUCUCCCUGCGUUUUGGAAAUAUUAGACACUGCAGGAACUGAGCAAUUUGCGUCCAUGAGAGAUCUCUACAUAAAAAAUGGGCAUGGAUUCAUUGUAAUGUAUUCGCUGACUAACCAUCAAACAUUUCAGGAUAUUUCUAGUAUGAAAAAUGUGAUUACUCGCGUUAAAGGAAGUCAACCAGCUCCAAUAUUGCUUGUAGCGAAUAAAUUCGAUUUGGAUUGCCAAAGAGAGGUGUCUACUGCUGAAGGAAACGCCUUGGCACAACUUUGGGAAUGUCCAUUUAUCGAAGCUUCAGCAAAAGAUCGAAUAAAUGUCAAUGAAGUCUUUGCCACGAUUGUUCGAGAAAUGAAUUUAACACAAGAAAAACGACAAAAAAAGAAAUACUGUUGUUGUACGCUUUUAUAGAAA